AGAUUUUGAUGGAAUCAUUAACUGAUGGCGUCCGUUGUGUUCCGGCUUUGCGACAAAGCGCCGGAUAUUCUCAGAGAAGUAUGUCUAGAACGUGGAUGGGAAGAAUACGACGAAAGUAGAGAUGAAUCGAAUGGCGAGUGGAAUCUAUGGUGGAAAACUCAGGGCUUUACUUCAGGUGAAUUCGAACACUGUCGUCCAUGGCAACGCCUGAACCACUUUCCCAAAUCGACAAAUAUCACCAAAAAAGAUGGUUUAGCCAGAAAUCUUAGGCGAAUGAGAACUUCAUAUGGAGGCUCCAUGUUUGAGUUUUUUCCACAAACAUUUAUCCUUCCUAGUGAGUUUAAGAAGUUUGUCGCAGAAUUUUUUAAACAAGAUAGUGGCCAGAGAUCCAAAUACUGGAUCUGCAAGCCGACUGAGCAGUCUUGUGGAAGAGGAAUUUUUAUUUUCCAAGAUUUACAUGAUCUCACUUACGACUGUGCUGUUGUUGUGCAAAAAUACAUAAUCAAACCAUUUCUUAUCUCGGGUUACAAGUUUGAUUUGCGUUUGUAUGCCAUAGUCACAUCGUAUCAUCCUCUCCUUCUCUACAUCUAUCACGAGGGUCUUGUGCGGUUUAGCACAGAAAGAUUUGAUUUGUCCUCACUUGACAACCGUUUUUCACAUCUUACCAACACUAGUAUUAACAAAACUGGACCACAGUAUUCAGCAGAAAAAGAAAGCAUUGGAACUGGUUGUAAAUGGACACUGAGUAAACUACGUCAUUUCUUUCACAAACAUAACAUUGACGAUCGCCUUUUGUGGCACCGCAUUACAUCCAUCAUAAUCAUCACACUGCUUUCACAAAUGCAAGACAUACCCAGUAAUAGUUCAAACUGUUUUGAACUAUUUGGCUUUGACAUUCUUAUUGAUGAAAAAUUGAAGCCAUGGUUAUUAGAAGUGAAUUUCUCACCAGCACUGGGUAAUGAUUGCAGUCAAGAUGAGAUAGUGAAGAAACCAUUGUUGAAUGAUAUUUUGGAGAGCCUAAACUUUACUGAGCUGGACAUCAAGAGAGGGGAAAGAGAAAGAGGAAGUAAUUCAACCAAGAAAAAGGGGUUGAAAGGAAGCAUUGCAAAAAGUGGCUCAGCAAGAAAUGGUAAAAGCGUGUCCUUAAAAUCCAAAAUUGGCUUCAAUCUCUCUUCACUAGAAGCAGAAUCCAGAUUUAAGCAACAUGGUGACUUUGUCAAGGGACCGGUUUUAGACGGCAAGAAGCAGUAUGCUCAUAUGGGUCCUCAAAAUCAAAAGCGAAGCUAUCUACAAAGACAGAAAGGUGACAUGACUCUGGCUGUUUUCAGUGAAAAUGACAAUAAAGCAACAAAUUGCAACCAUAGUGGCAAACUGCCAUCUUCAAAGAACAGUUUUUGUAGUUAUGGAAGACUAAUCACUUCAGAGGAUUUUGUCAAAGCUGGAAAAAUCAACUGCAAUGAACCUGGUCAAGAUGAAAUGAACAAAAACAAGUUGGCAUCAUGUGAUGAUAUAGGUUUUCAGAGUAAUCCUGAUUUUGCCACAUUUGCAGAGAAAAAUCUUUCACUUUCAACAGAUCCAAAAAAAGAAGUUGAGAAAAGUUGCACAGUACGGGAACCGUUAUUGUCUUCACCAACAAUAAGAGGUCAAAGUGACGGUCAGACAUCUCUGCAUUUAUCCCAAUCUGCAAACACAUGCAAGCAGCUGCCACCUCACCUGCGCUUUUGUCGCUCUAAUUCAGAAGCAUCAUCGCUGAAAUCUCUUCAUUUAGUUGAUAAGGGCAGUUUGUCUAACGGAAGUCCAAAAACCUUGCACCACAUUCCCUCCAAGUACUCAAGGUGCCCUCCAGGGAGAACUCCUAGAAACAAAGCAACUUCGGACAUUGUGAAACUUCAGCCUAAAAUUGGUAAUUGCAUUCUUGCCUUUCCUUUCAAUGAAGUGACACAUAAGGCCAGUAAAGGGAAGCUUGAGCAGAAGAUAGUUGUUGAAGAAAUCAGGAAAAUGUUGAAAGCAAUAAGUAAUGACAUAAAAACAACACCACUACAAACCAAUGAGGAAUCACUGGAUUUACAAAAACCAUUUUGGGGGUAUAGGUUAAAAUUCAACACCUUUUACAGCUCCUUAUAACUAGAUGUUCAGUGAAGAAGUCUUUUUUUUUUUUCUCUAAUUGCAUGAUCUUGAAGAGUGUUGGUGUUAAAGCUAUAAUAUAUUUUUUUUUUAAUUAAGGAUAAUAAUUUAUGCUGGUGUGGGGUUUAAAAUGCAACAAUAGUUAUUGUGAUGUCAAUAGUUUGAAUUGAUGUGUGGGGAAAAAAGAUGUAGAUGUAAUUAAACUGCAUCCUUUAAUAAGAAGGAAAGGUGAUAGAGAAAAAGGUUUAAUUUCAAAAUAAUUGAGUGAAAGUGUAUUAUUUAAAUCAUUUGGAGAGUUUUAUAUAUUUUCAGUUAAUAAACGAGUGCUUUGAAUUAAUAACUUAGGUUAGGUUACUUGGAAUCACUCACCAAAAUAUAUGUUGUGUGUACAUGAAAAAUCAAUAUCUUUAAUUAGUAAGAAUAGUUUUCCUUUUUUCCCCAAAAGGAGAAACAGAUAGAACAUGAAACAAUAAAAAUGUGCAGCUAUAAACUUCAA